CCGAGGUUUCCCAACUAGUAUCUCGCCGGUUGCCGGGCUCAUGGGUUUCGUCAGAAGGUGGAAAUCUCCCUGAGAAGCUGCCAUCUCCCCGCCACUCUCGCGUUCCCGUCUCUUCCUCCCUUCCUUCCUCCGUCUCCUCUCCGUUCCCUCCCGCUUCCUCCCCGUACCUUCCACUUACUCUCUGAGUUUAUUGAGAGCUCAGCCUCCACCUCCAACAUUUUCACCCUUUCCCCAGCCCCCACCUCCAAGGAUGGAGUCCGGGUUUCCGGAGAGACCAAACUCCCCUCUCAGCAUCUUUUCCGUCCGCUGUUGCUAAACUGGCCUGAGAGGACGAAGGGGGAGGGCGUCCGACACCCCCUCACACCACCACCAACUGCACCACGAACCGCCUCCACUCCAACGCCGGAUUCUGCUUUCCAGGGGUGGGACAGACCUCGUCCCAGACUCGAUUCUCUUCCUACUCUUCGAGGUUGGCACCUCCAGAAUGAAGAAGAUGAGCAACAUUUACGAGUCAGCUGCUAAUACGCUGGGAAUCUUUAACAGCCCCUGCCUGACCAAAGUUGAGCUGCGUGUGGCAUGCAAAGGCAUUUCUGACAGAGAUGCGCUUUCCAAACCGGACCCCUGUGUCAUCCUCAAGAUGCAGUCCCACGGGCAAUGGUUUGAGGUUGACAGAACAGAGGUGAUUCGCACCUGCAUAAACCCAGUGUAUUCAAAACUGUUCACUGUGGACUUUUACUUUGAAGAGGUGCAGCGUCUGCGGUUUGAAGUUCAUGACAUCAGCAGCAACCACAAUGGGCUGAAGGAGGCCGACUUCCUGGGUGGCAUGGAGUGCACACUCGGCCAGAUUGUUUCCCAGAGAAAACUGUCCAAAUCCUUGUUGAAGCACGGGAACACAGCAGGGAAAUCCUCCAUCACGGUGAUUGCGGAAGAAUUAUCUGGCAAUGAUGACUACGUUGAACUUGCAUUCAAUGCACGAAAAUUGGAUGACAAGGAUUUCUUCAGUAAAUCUGACCCAUUUCUGGAAAUUUUUCGUAUGAACGAUGAUGCAACCCAGCAGCUCGUGCACCGAACUGAGGUUGUGAUGAAUAACUUAAGCCCAGCCUGGAAAUCAUUCAAAGUAUCAGUCAAUUCUCUAUGCAGUGGAGAUCCAGACCGCCGGCUGAAGUGCAUAGUAUGGGACUGGGACUCCAAUGGCAAACACGACUUCAUUGGAGAGUUCACCUCAACAUUCAAGGAGAUGAGAGGAGCAAUGGAAGGGAAACAGGUGCAGUGGGAGUGCAUCAACCCCAAGUACAAAGCCAAGAAGAAGAAUUACAAGAACUCAGGCAUUGUGAUUUUGAAUCAGUGCAAGAUCCACAAGAUGCAUUCUUUCUUGGACUACAUCAUGGGCGGCUGCCAAAUCCAGUUUACAGUAGCGAUAGACUUCACAGCCUCAAAUGGGGACCCCAGGAACAGCUGUUCCCUGCACUACAUUCACCCUUACCAGCCCAACGAGUACCUGAAAGCCUUGGUGGCUGUGGGGGAGAUCUGCCAAGACUAUGACAGUGACAAAAUGUUCCCGGCCUUUGGAUUUGGUGCCAGGAUACCCCCAGAGUACACGGUCUCUCACGACUUUGCAAUCAACUUUAAUGAAGACAACCCGGAAUGUGCAGGAAUUCAAGGAGUUGUGGAAGCCUAUCAGAGCUGCCUUCCUAAGCUCCAGCUUUAUGGUCCUACCAACAUCGCCCCCAUCAUUCAGAAGGUCGCCAAGUCAGCAUCAGAGGAGACUAACACCAAGGAGGCAUCGCAAUACUUCAUCCUCCUGAUUCUCACCGACGGUGUCAUCACGGACAUGGCCGACACCCGGGAGGCCAUUGUCCACGCCUCCCACCUCCCCAUGUCGGUCAUCAUCGUCGGCGUGGGCAACGCGGACUUCAGUGACAUGCAGAUGCUGGAUGGGGACGACGGCAUUCUGAGGUCACCCAAAGGAGAGCCUGUCCUUCGAGACAUCGUCCAGUUCGUGCCCUUCAGGAACUUCAAACACGCAUCUCCAGCUGCCCUGGCAAAGAGCGUGUUGGCUGAAGUCCCAAAUCAAGUCGUGGACUAUUACAAUGGCAAAGGGAUUAAGCCAAAAUGUUCAUCGGAAAUGUAUGAGUCUUCCAGGACACUAGCACCAUGAACUCCACAUGCUUUUACAGAGUUCUGAAAUACUAUUCCUGCUGAUAUUUAAUACUACUGCUUCUGUACUUAAAAAGACACACACACGUACACAUUUAAAAAAUAGCACGUUUUGGUGGUUUUUAACUGACAGUUUUUUUUGCAUGUGUAGCCCUGAGGCCUGGAUCUGUUAAGCUCUUGUAUUGUUAAAGACUUUUUACAAGGAAACACGAAUAAUUAUAACUUACUCUUUACAUUACAGCAUGUCGCCUUGAAAUAAAAUGUUAUCCGUAUCCGUUUUUUAUACAGGUUUGUUGAAAUUUUGCUAAAUUUCUUAUUAUCUUUACACUGUAAAGCAUUUUGACACAAUUAUUGAACGUUGAUAGCCAAAACAUAAUUUGGUUUUAUCUGCUAUAGGAUGAGAGACUUUUCAAAAUGGCAGAUGCAUGGACUGUAUUUUGCAUGUUUAAAAUAAAAAAAAAAAAAGAAAAACCACACUGUUUUUGCAAUCGUUAUCUAUAAUCCCUCCCUGCUAAGAAUGGUCUCUUUAUUGAAGAAGAGGUUUACCCACCUAGACAUAGUCUUCUAGAAGUGGGUCUGGGGCACCUAGCCCAGUACCUCUCAGGCUUUACUGUGCACAUAAAUUACCUGGGGAUCUUGUAAAAAAUCAGACUGCGGUGCAACAGGUGUGCAUGGGCCUGAGAUCCUGCAUCUCUGACAAGGUCCCAGGUGAUGCCAUUGCAGUCCACGCUUAAGAGUACUGAGCUUCCAGACUCUAGGGUGUCGUCCCAGAGACCAUCUGACACAGGGAAGCGCCUAGUCUGCUUGAGAAGGGCACUUCUCCCCUGCCAGUAGCACAAAAGUCCCACUGUCUCUGAGGUGGGACUAGAAAGUAGUGAGACUGAUUCCAGAAGCUGCAUACCCCCCAUCAGUCUCACUGCUUUAUAGUCACACCUCUUCCUUAAACAGACUAGGGAGCGUUCCUCCUCACCAGCCUCUGCCCUCUCAACGGAGGCAUCACACAACCCAGUCGGAGUGGAUCCAUUUUUAUGUCAACCCCGAGGAAUGACCUCAAAGAGUCUUCGGUGGGACCACAACCACGGAAACUUGUCCAGGGCAAAUGGCCUUGUGGUAUGGCUCCCCAGAAACCUGGCCCGCCAAGUUGAUCUUUAAGCUCAGCGUGGGGCUUCUCGUUGCCUCUUUUUAUCACUCCUGAGAGAGAAUUCUAUUAGCAGAAAUAGCUAGGAUCAUUGUUUUGCAUGGAGGUGUUUUGUUUUGAUAUGAACUGGCCAGUCUUGAGCCAGAAGAAUGAAUGUUUCACUUGUGUAAUGUUCUCAUAGAGAAAUGGACAAGUGUUUUGCAGGUGCAAAAGGCACAAGGAGGAACUCAUUUUUGGUGAGAGAGAGAUAGGGAAGUAAAUCACAAGGCAAAAUAGAUCUGUCUGUUGUUUGUUGCGGGAGGAAGUAUUAAUAAGCAAAUCAAAUGCCUUGUAUGAUUUCCAGUGUUAUAAUUAUAGAUCCUAAUCUUGCAAAUACAUGUCAGCCAAAUGCACAACAUUUUGCGAAUGAUGGUAAAAAAAUGUAUGACUGAAAAAAAUCAUAAAUAUUAAACUGUAUUGUUUUAUGAAUAAAUUGGGUACUUACAAAAUU